AUGAAAAAAACUCCCCAUCAGAAUCAACCAACAAAGAAAUAUCCACAUCAAUCAUCGGUUAAUAUGAAUAAAAAAAUCUAUUCAAGUACUGAUCGUAUUAUGGAUAGUGUACCAUAUCCACCUAUUCAUCUUUUAACUAUUAAAGAAAUAUUUGGUACAAGUGAUAAACCUAAUCUUUCAUUACUUCUUCAACAUUUGGAAGGUGAAGGUCGUCUUGAACUUGAUGCAGCAUUAACAAUUAUGAUACGUGGUCGAGAAUUAACUGCUCGAGAACCAAAUUUACUUGAAAUAGGUACACCAGUUACGAUUGUUGGAGAUAUUCAUGGACAAUUCUUUGAUAUGCUUAAAAUGUUUGAAAAAGGUGGUGAUGUAGCGUCCACUCGAUAUUUAUUUCUUGGUGAUUAUGUUGAUCGUGGUCAAUUUUCUGUUGAAGUUGUACUCUAUUUAUGGGCAAUUAAAAUUACUUAUCCUGAUACAUUCUUUCUUCUUCGAGGCAAUCAUGAAUGUCGUAAUUUAACAGUUUAUUUUACGUAA